AUGAAUAUGAUGAGACGACUCAAAAGCAUUGCUUCAGGGUGCUCUUCCAUUUCAUCGGAUCCUGGAGGACAGUUUAUCACAAAGAGGGUUAAGGUUGAUGAAGAAAUUGAUGGUAAAGUAACUGAGGAAACACAUUCUAUUAGGAGAGGCAGGACAGAUCGGAAGCAUAAUGUGGAUGCAUCAAAAAAACCUAGUGUGGAUGCAUCUAAUGCCUCUGUGGUAACCAAAACAGAGAGAUUAGAUUAUCAUCAGUUUCCUAAUCAGUUGCAUGAAAUGAAAAUUAGGGAUACAAAAGUCAACAAUCCCAUUGAAAAAUUUUGUUGUAUGCAAGAUAUAGAGGCGACUAUUGUGAGUGGUAAUCGAACAGAAGCAGGUCAGGUAAUUACUACUGCCAUUGGUGGUAAAGACGGACAACCAAAGCAGACAGUCUCAUACAUGGCAGAACGUGUGGUUGGUACUGGUUCCUUUGGUGUUGUUUUUAAGGCCAAGUGUGUUGAGACUGGUGAAGCAGUUGCCAUUAAGAAGGUGUUCCAAGACAAAAGAUAUAAAAAUAGGGAACUCCAGAUAAUUCGCAAGCUUGACCACCUUAAUGUCUGUCAAUUAAAGAACUGUUUCUUUUCAACUACUGAUAAAGAUAAGUUGUUCCUGAACCUAGUUUUGGAGUAUGUACCCGAAACUGUCUAUAGAGUCUCAAAGCAAUAUACUAAGAUCCACCAGCACAUGCCUAUCAUUUAUGUACAGCUGUAUACAUACCAAAUAUGCCGUGCAUUAAAUUAUUUGCAUAAUGUGGUUGGUGUGUGUCAUCGUGACAUCAAACCCCAGAACUUACUGGUUAAUUCCCAGACUCAUCAGCUAAAGAUGUGUGAUUUUGGGAGUGCAAAGAUGUUGGUGCCUGGUGAACCUAACAUAUCAUACAUAUGCUCGAGGUACUAUAGGGCUCCGGAACUUAUAUUUGGGGCAACAGAGUACACAACUGCUAUUGACAUAUGGUCUGUUGGUUGUGUUUUGGCUGAGCUCCUUCUACGAAAGCCACUGUUUCCGGGAGAAAGUGGGGUUGAUCAAUUGGUUGAAAUCAUUAAGAUACUAGGUACACCCACAAGAGAAGAAAUAAAGUGUAUGAAUCCCAAUUACAAAGAAUUUAAGUUCCCUCAGCUUAAAGCACGCCCGUGGCACAAGGUUUUUCACAAGAGACUACCCGAAGAAGCAGUGGAUCUCGUGUCAAGACUGCUUCGUUAUUCACCAAACCUACGUUGCACUGCUUUAGAAGCAUGUGCGCACUCCUUCUUUGAUGAUCUUAGAGACCCAAAUACACGUUUACCCAAUGGGCAGCCACUACCUCCACUGUUCAAUUUCACUGCUAAGGAACUGGCUGGUGCACCUGCUGAGUUAUGUAAUCGUCUUAUUCCCAAGCACGCCGGGAACUGA